AUGUCGAACCCUAACCAGCAAAACAACCAGGACGACUUGUCUCAGGGGAUGCAAGACCUGAACGUGGGCGGCCAGCAAUUCAACCCGAACGCGGCUCCUUCGUUUGUUCCUGGCCAAUUUGGACAGCAAUUUGGACAGUAUCAGCAAUUUAAUCAAUACCAACAAUACAAUCAGCAAUACGGCCAGUACCAGCAGUAUGGCCAGUACGUGCCGCCACAGUCAUUUGGCUACGAUGCCCGCGACCCAUACGCUGCUCAGCCACAACAGCAAAGCAACCACAUGUCUUUGGAAGAGUACCAGAAGCAGCAACAGGAGUCGCUCAACAAGAGCUCCAAGCCUAAAACAAAGCUGAAGCUGAACUUGAACAGCAGCACCGUCAAGGCGCCGGUGAAAAAGAAGGAGGAGCCAAAGGAAACAAAGCAAGAGCCAAAACAGGAGACCAAGCAGGAGACCAAGCAGGAGACUAAACAGGAGACUAAACAGGAGACCAAGGCCGCUCCAAAGCCAGAACCAAAGGCAGACAGCAAAGCCGAUGCCAAGACCUCCUCCAAGCCACAGAAGACAGACAAGUCGGUUGCUGCAUCCUCGGUCAUUAAGGAGCAAGAGCAACAGCUGGACGAGUCCGUUUUGCAGGAUAUGUUUGGCGGAAAGGACCACAUGUCGAUUAUCUUCAUGGGCCACGUGGAUGCCGGAAAGAGUACCAUGGGAGGUAACAUUCUCUAUCUGACUGGAGCUGUUGACAAGAGAACAGUGGAAAAGUACGAGAGAGAGGCCAAGGACGCCGGAAGACAAGGUUGGUACUUGUCGUGGAUCAUGGACACCAACAAGGAGGAGAGAAACGACGGAAAGACGAUUGAGGUUGGAAAAUCCUACUUCGAGACCGAAAAGAGAAGAUACACUAUUCUGGAUGCUCCAGGCCACAAGCUAUACAUUUCCGAGAUGAUUGGAGGAGCUUCUCAGGCAGAUGUUGGUAUUCUGGUGAUUUCUGCCCGUAAGGGAGAAUACGAGGCCGGUUUCGAGAGAGGAGGACAAUCCAGAGAGCACGCAAUUCUGGCCAAGACGCAAGGUGUCAAUAAGCUUGUUGUGGUGAUCAACAAGAUGGACGAUCCUACCGUCAACUGGUCGGAGGAAAGAUACAACGAGUGUAUCAGCAAGCUGUCUGCCUACUUGAAGGGUGUUGGAUACCAAAAGAGCGACGUUGUUUUCAUGCCUGUGUCUGGCUACACCGGUGCAGGUCUGAAGGAUCGUGUCAAGCCGGAAGAGUGUCCUUGGUACACGGGGCCUUCUCUGCUGGAGUUCUUGGACAACAUGCCUCUUGCUGCCAGAAAAAUCAAUGAUCCAUUCAUGCUGCCGAUUUCCGGUAAAAUGAAAGACCUGGGUACGGUCGUCGAGGGUAAGAUCGAGUCUGGACACGUCAAGAAGGGACAACAGUUGAUAAUGAUGCCAAACAAGAUACAGGUCGAAGUGCUGACCAUCUACAACGAGACCGAGGCAGAGGUCGACACUGCCGUUUGCGGAGAGCAGGUGAGAAUGAAAUUAAAGGGUGUUGAGGAAGAAGACGUGUCUGCCGGUUACGUGCUUUCUUCCACGCUCAACCCAGUCAAGACCGUGACGCGAUUCGAGGCCCAGAUCGCCAUUGUUGAGCUCAAGUCGAUCUUGUCCUCUGGAUUCUCCUGUGUGAUGCACGUCCACACCGCGAUUGAAGAAGUCACAUUCACAAAGCUGCUUCACCACUUGCAAAAGGGAACCAACAGAAAGUCCAAGAAGCCGCCUGCAUUUGCUAAGCAGGGCAUGAAGAUCAUCGCCGAGCUGGAGACCGCCAUGCCUGUUUGUCUCGAGACAUACGAGGAUUAUCCACAGCUGGGUAGAUUCACCCUGAGAGACCAGGGCCAGACCAUUGCUAUCGGAAAGGUUACCAAGCUGUUGUAA